AUGUUGAAACGCCUGAAAACUCUACUUCUUUCAAGGUGUUAUGUUCUUGAGAAGUUACCCGAGGAUCUUGGGCUAUUAGAAUCUUUGGAGGAACUUAGUGUAACAUAUUGCAAGAUAAGAGAUAUUCCGAGUAGCAUAUGUAAGUUGAAACAUCUCAGGGAGUUUGAUCUUCGCUGCUGUGAUCAACUUAAGAAAUUGCCUGAGAAAGUAGGAAGCUUGAAAUGUUUACAAGUGUUAGACGUACAAGGUACAAGUAUAAGUCAUCUUCCACAAAGUAUUUCUUUAUUGAAAGCUCUGAAAAUCUUUGGAUUCAAAUCUGAAGAUCAAUCCAUAUACACCUAA